UAUUGACGGACAACUAGGGUUUUACGAAUAGCAGAGCUGGUAAGUCGAAGGAGAGAGGCGCUUAGGAGCAGAUACAUAAAUCAGUGGUCUCUGUAAAACCGCAACCGCAACCGCAGCCGCAACGAUGGGUAUCUCACGUGACUCUAUGCACAAGAGGCGUGCCACUGGAGGCAAGAAGAAGGCCUGGAGAAAGAAGAGAAAGUAUGAGCUAGGCCGUCAGCCUGCAAGCACUAAGCUCUCAAGCAACAAGACUGUCAGAAGAAUUCGUGUGCGAGGAGGCAAUGUGAAGUGGAGGGCCCUCAGAUUGGAUACUGGGAACUAUUCGUGGGGCAGUGAAGCUGUCACUCGCAAGACCCGUAUUCUUGAUGUGGUUUACAAUGCCUCAAACAAUGAGCUUGUCCGAACCCAGACUCUUGUCAAAAGUGCUAUUGUUCAGGUGGAUGCUGCCCCUUUCAAGCAAUGGUACCUUCAGCAUUAUGGGGUUGACAUUGGUAGGAAGAAGAAGGCUGUGGUGAAGAAGGAAACCCCUGAGCAGGAAGGAGAAGCAACUACAGAAGAAACAAAAAAGAGUAACCAUGUCAUCAGGAAGCUUGAGAAGCGUCAACAGGGUCGUAAGCUGGAUCCUCACAUUGAAGAGCAGUUUGGAAGUGGUAGGCUGUUGGCUUCCAUCUCUUCUCGACCUGGUCAAUGUGGCAGAGCUGAUGGAUACAUCUUAGAAGGAAAAGAACUUGAAUUUUAUAUGAAGAAGAUCCAGAGGAAGAAGGGAAAGGGUGCUGCUUAAGCAAUUCAAUAAUUGGACUCCUCUGCUUGUUUUCGAGUGUAGUUGCUUUACUUUUCAUUUUAUUAUGCGUAGGACAAAAAUUUUGUAUUUCAGUACUGAUGUUGGAGCUUAAAGACCAAAUAUCUAUACUUAGCCUUCUCCAGUGAUUGUGUUUUGGCUUGCUUGGAACUCAUAAAUCAAUUUUUGUAUGAAAUUAAAACUUAUAUUUUUUUUGUCUCA